AUGUUCGGACGUCUGAAGCAGAAGGUCAAAGAGAAGACAGGCCGCGCAAAGGCAACAAGCCUCCCCAUCGAAGUCGACGAAUCUGUGACAUACUUCAAGAAUCUGCUGCCACGUGUCAAGGAUAUUCACAAGCAUAUGACCGAUCUCAGCGAUGUGUACAAGUGGCAGAAGAAGGCGAAUUUUACGGCCCCGUUGGAAAACUACUCCCGCUUAGGGGACAAUAUCAAUGUGACGCCGUUCAUUGAAGCAGUCAACGCGCGGAUUUCAGCGGAGACAGAUUCAGCGAAAGGGGUCCAAAACGAGUGUGAAAAGUACAAAGCGUAUUACCAGAACGAUUGCCGCCUGCACCAGGAGAACAUUUCCUAUCUAAACAAGUCGCGUCUCGAUAUGGACGGCGCCGCUGAUAAGUUUGCCAACGCCGAGACCGACGCCAACAAGAUGCGUCUGGAUAUGGCGACGAAGGAGUUCGAGGCGGCGUGCGGCAGAAUGCGCGACCUGGCCGCCCAAAUCAAAGAAAUCGAAUCGAAUCACUCUUCGUGGCAGGACACGAUCAUGAAGGAGAUGAAAGUGGCGUUCCGUAAAUAG